AAAACUAAUAAAAUAAAAAGCAGUUGUUUUCAGUUUCAGAUCUAAUCUUGAACACCACACAAAAAAUCAAUUCCAGGUCUUCUGUCUUGUUUCAUUUCUACCUAUUUCAGUGGUCUCAAACAUCACCUAUUUGUCUAUAUUUACUUCCAGAAAAUUAAAACUUAAUCAACGCCAAAAAGCUACUUUUCUUUGCAUCAUCUGGGUGGGUGAACAAAAUUCAUGAUGUUCAGGUCACCACGGAGUAGAAACCAAAGAUCAAAAGGUUUCAAGGUGAAGCAUGCAUUACAACUAUGCCUUUUGCUUGGUGUCUGCAUCUGGCUUCUUUACCAGGUUCGGCACUCUCAGGACAAGAAAUCUGCAUAUGAGGAUAGCGCAAAAGCUGGGAAUGACAUCAUAAAGCUAGGGAGAAAGGACUUCCCUCAAGUUGAGGACCCAUUGAUUAAAGAUGCAAGGCACAAGGAGGUUGAUGUAGAAGAAGAAGAAAUCAAGAGUGAAGAACAGAGCAAAGCUGAGGAGAGUAUUAAUGUUGGUAAAGGGGCUGGCGAUGAGGAGGUAAAUGAUCAGGAUAAGAAUGAGCAGGAAGCUGAGAAUAGAGAAGAUACGAUUGAUGGAGAGAAGGAUAGGGAAGACACCAAUGAGAGUGAAGAAAGCAAAGAGAAUAACAUUGAAGAGUUCAAGGAGAAGGAUAGUGAAGACAAGGAGAGUGAAGAGAACAAAGAGAAUAACAUUGAAGAGAGCAAGGAGAAUGAAGAGAGUAAAGAGAAUAACAUUGAGGAGAACAAGGAGAAGGAGAGUGAAGAGAGCAAGGAGAAUAACAUUGAAGAGAACAAGGAGAAGGAGAGUGAAGAGAGCAAAGAGAGUAACAUUGAGGAGAACAAGGAGAAGGGGAGUGAAGAGAGCAAAGAGAAUAACAUUGAAGAGAACAAGGAGAAGGAGAGUGAAGAGAGCAAAGAGAAUAACAUUGAAGAGAACAAGGAGAAGGAGAGUGAAGAGAACAAAGAGGAUAACAUUGGAGUGAACAAGGAGAGUGAAGGCAGCAAAGAGAAUAACGUUGAAGAGAACAAGGAGAGUGAAGAGGGCAAAGAGAAUAAGAUUGAAGAGACAAAAGAGAAUAACAUUGAAGAAAGCAAGGAGAAGGAUGGUGAAGAGAGCAGAGAGAAGCAGAGUGAAGAGAACAAAGAUAAGUAUAGUGAAGAUAAGGCAAAUGAUGAGAAGAAACACGUGGAGGAGAUUCAAGAAAAAGAAACGAAGGAGACUGGAGAUGAGAAUGAAAGUACAUCAAAACAGCAGUUCCACGAUGAAAAUGGUAAUAACAAUGAGGAAGCAAGGGAGAAACAUUACAAGGGGGAUGAUGCUUCCAGUGAAGUAGUCCAUGAAACUCAAAAUAUGAAAGCUGAAAAUGUUCAAGGAGAUCAACAAAAACCCAAUGAGGUGGAGCAGCAAGGAAAAGAAAAUAAUGAAUUUAAGCAGGAGAAGAAACAGAAUAGCACCGAAGGUUAUCACCAAGAUGAAUCAGCCUCAAAUGUGCAAGAAACUGGAACUAUUGAGAAGAAUGAUUCCACAAAUAAGGCAUCCAGUGAUGGGGGUGUUCAUGAAAGCAAUCAUCAGUCAGAAACAAAUAAUGGAUCUAGUUCCACAACAGAGACACAAUCAAAUGAACACCAAUCAAGCUCCAACUCCAUGGAAGUCACCGGAGAAACUCAUGAUUCAUCUGCGCAAAAUGGGACAGAUACAACAUCUGAUACAACUCAGAAUCAAAAUGAAACUGUGAAUAACAGUUCUAAGGGAGAUGACUCUACCCAAGAAAAUGUUGUUCUACAGCAAUCUGAGAAAUCUUACUCAGAUACCAAUGGUGAGCAGACAGAUGUGAAAGCAACACAUGCUACUACUGAAAAUGAACAUUCAGCUAAUGGAGAGUCCAAAGGUUCAUCUAAUAAUGCUGAAACUGGGCAGACUAAUGACUCCAACUCAUCGUCUGGAACAGAGAACAAUGCUCACGAGGGGACAAAAGAAACAGUUAUACAGUUAAACACAAAUAACAAAGGAGAUGCAGGUCAGAACGAACAAGUUGAUUCUUCAAACCAUCAAGAGAACAACACAUCAGCAAAUGAUAACGGAGAUGCCAAUCAAAAGGAACAAAAUGGUUUUUCAAACUCUGAAGAGAAAGACAAACCGUCAAACACAGAUGCAGGCCAGAAUGGGAAUGAAAAUGCUACCCAGAACAGUACAAAUGACAAUCCAGAAGCAAGACAAAAAGAGGCAUCGACAAACACAGAUGGCAACACCAGUACCACCCAGAAUGAUUCUUCGAUUACUCUAGAAGAGAAAGAGAAUCGCAUAGAUCUCGGAACUUUGCCUGAGACUGGAACAACUGUGAACAAUGGUGAAAAUGCAGCUGCAGAGUGACAUUUUUGAUAAGUUGGGUUUUACUGUUUGUUACAUGAUUGUUCAUUCGGUUUCUUUCCUUGUACUUCCUGAGGUGAUUGGGCUAGUUUGUAAUGUUUCUUGCUGCAUCCUGUGCCUUAUUGCAAUAAUAGUGUCUAGAAAAUAUUACACCUAGUACUUGGUAAUUGCUAAGGUAACAUAAUAUGUGACUCAAUGCAGGUUUCAAUUUUUCAUAGACAAAAUCCUUUUGUUAAAUGGUAAUUGAUAAUUUACUUGUGUUUCUGCGAUCAA